ACUCAUCAAUAAAACCCUUCCUUCCUCUCUCCCAUUUCAUCAAACACUUUCUGUAACACUCCCAUUUCUUACUCAUCCAACAAUGGCGACCAUCCACAAAAACACUCUUCCUUUCACUCUCUCCAUCCUCUUCUUCCUCCUCCUCCACUCCACCAAAACCCUAUCCCAAACUCCCGCCGUCGCCCCGGCACCUCCCGGCCCCACAAACGUCACCAAGAUCCUCGAAAAAGCCGGUCAAUUCACCACCCUCAUCCGGCUACUCAAGGCUACCGGCGAGUCUGACCGCCUCAUCGGCGAGCUCAACAACUCCAACAACGGUAUGACCAUCUUCGCUCCUAGCGACAACGCCUUCUCUAGCCUCAAAGCCGGAACUCUCAACACCUUGACAAGCCAGCAACAGUCGGAGCUGGUUCAGUUCCAUAUGAUCCCUACUUUUAUAUCCUCCCAAGGUUUCCAGACUGUUAGUAAUCCGUUGAGGACGGAAGCUGGAGACAGCGGAGACGAUCAUUUUCCUCUUAAUGUGACCACUACGGGGAAUAGUGUGAAUUUAACGUCUGGGUUGACGAACACUAGCGUUUCUGGAACUGUUUAUAGUGAUGGGCAGGUCGCGAUUUAUCAGAUCGACCAAGUUCUUAAACCCGUACAGAUCUUUGAUCCCAGGCCGCCGGCGCCGGCUCCGGCACCGGAUAAGACUGAGGAGAAGAAGAAGAAGAAGAAAGUGGCGGCGGAGCCUAGUGAUUCGGCGGAUGUUGCUGGCGCCGUGAGUCUUAUUAGUUCCAUGCACAGGGUCGUGUUGUUUGGAUUUAUUGGUGUUUUUGCAGGAUUUUAUUUGUAACGAAAAAAAAAAAAAAAAAAAAAAAUAUAUUAGCGGCGGGG